GAGUUUGUGUGUUCGUUCGUUCAAUUGAACUGAAUCUAUAGAAUUGGUACUCAUUGUAUACGCACUAACUUCAAGAUACACAAAAAUUCUUUCAUGCAUUCAGUCUUAAAACGUCGCUCGCUGUUUAUAAAUCGUAUCUACCAGAAAUUCAAGACCGGCGGCCGUUUAAUAUUUUUUUUCAAUUUCCAUUUUUCAUACAUUACACACGCUCCAUAUAAAUAAGAUUGAAUAAUGAAACCAUUAAGAAAAUAAUACAUAUAGAAAUAUUUUACUUUUUUUUUUGUUUAAGUUUAUGAGAAAAAUGAAAAUUUUGUUAGAUGGAAAAACAAAAAAAUAAAACGAAAACAAUACGCGCGUUACGUGUAAAAUCUGGCCAUAAAUCAUAAAGAAAAACCUAAAAUUCUUAAAGAAUUUUAAAGCAAGAAAAUCUAUAAAAGUGUUUAAGUGCUAAAAAAAAAAAACAAAACGAAAAUUGAAAAUUUGAGAAAAAUAUUUAAAAAAAAAAAAAAUUGGUGAAAAAGCAAAAAUUAAAAAAUAUUUGAAAAGAAAAUCUAAUAAAAAAAAUAAAGAAAAAUUUUGGCAAAUUUGUUGAAAAGAAAAGAUAAGAAAAUUUAAGGCUAAUGACCUGCCUAAGGGGAAAUGGCCAAAACCAAUUGGCUUAAAUUAAGGCUAAAUUAAACAUACACAACAACCUUUUUAAAAACAAACUAACUAAAGUUUAAGUGUAAAACAAAUUUCACAUUUUUAAAGCACAAAAGGAUAUUUUGCUAUUAAGUCACAUUAAAAGAAAAUUGCUGCAGGGCGUUAAAUGAAUGCGCGCCAGCCUAAAACAGCCAGAGAAUUUAAAAGAAAUUUAGAAAAAUAAAAAGUUUUUCAAGCAAAAUAAAAAAAAUUUCCAAAAUUCUUAAGAAAUGUUUAAACAAAAGUGUUAAUUCCUCUAAAAAAUUCAAGAAAAUCCAAACAAAAUUUAAAAACAAAUCAUUGAAUCUGCCCCUAUCCCCCACCCCCUUAAUUUAAUUUUCUACUUCUACUGCCUAACACUUUCUAUUCUAUAUUGGAUUAUUUGGCGGGUUGUGAUCCGCUAACAAAAGCCAUCAAAAUUAAGUUCUCAAAGCAAAAUCAUCAUCAUCCGGCAUACCGUCACGCUGAGAACAUCUACGACGGUGGCACUGAUACCGACGACGACGAAUGUCCUUUAGAAUCGUCCACCAUGAAUCCCUAUGAAUAUGAAACCACCCUCGAUUGUCGCGAUGACACUAGGGCUGUGGGUGGUGGCGGAGGCGGUAGCGGUGUUGUUGUUAGUGGGGCAGUCAUGGGUUCAAUGACACCCAGGCAUCCACAUUUGGCAAAUACAAAUAGUGCUUCACAGCAAAAUACACUGCAUCAUCAGAAUCAACAAAAUUUACAAUUACAACAGCAGCAACAGCAACAGCAGCAAUUGCAACAACAGCCAGGCGACUCACAAUCAUCAUAUUAUGAUUAUGAAUAUCAGCAUUUACCACAUCGUGGCAAUGAAUCACAGAAUCCUCCAUCAUCGACAUCAACAGCAGCCCGCACACAUGGUAGACAAGGCUUCCUUCUCGAAGGAGUUACGCCCUCGGCACCACCAGAUGUACCACCUAGAAAUCCCACAAUGAGCCGCAUGAAUAAUGGUCGUUUAGUGGCUGCCAAUCCAAAUGAUUUGGGUGUCGAUUUUGAGCCCUCAUGUUUGGUGCGUACACCAUCGGGCAACGUAUACAUUCCCAGCGGUAAUUUAAAUAUGAACAAGGGUUCACCUAUUGAUUAUAAAAGUGGCUCGGCUUGUUCGACACCCACCAAGGAUACAUUGAAAGGUUACGAACGUUCGGCUAAUAAUUGUUUGGGUCCUGUGCUUCCGCCCCGCAGUGUUAUGAGCGGCAUACCCUCUCAUCAUUAUUCGGCACCCAUGAAUUUUCGCAAAGAUUUGGCCGCCCGCUGUUCAGCCAAAUGUGUGGCCAUUGUAGCGGUCUCCGUUUUUAUAGCCAUGUGUGUUUUGUUAAUAUUUUUAACAGGUUUUGGCGUGCUGCAUUGGUCUCCCUCUGCCCCCUGUACAGUUCUAGUCGGCAAUGAGGCUUCGGAAGUGACCGCCGCCAAAAGCACUAAUACGGAUCUCUCGAAACUGCACAAUUCAUCGCUACGCUCAAAAACCGGACAACCCACCAUGGUAACAACGGCCACCUCAUCGCUGUCGUCCUCCCAAGCGGCCGCCUCUUCAUCCGCCUUUCAAUCUACCUCGGCCUCUUCAGUGGCUGUGGGUUCAGCGGCAGCCACUUCAUCAUCGUCAUCCUCCUCCUCCUCGGUGUCGUUGUCAUCCUCCACUUCACUGUCAUCACCAUUGGCAAAUGCCAAUAAUGGAGGUGCUAGAACAUUCCCGGCCCGUAGUUUUCCACCAGAUGGCACAACUUUUGGCCAAAUAACUUUGGGCCAGAAGUUGACCAAAGAAAUACAACCCUAUAGUUAUUGGAAUAUGCAAUUCUAUCAAUCGGAACCGGCUUAUGUGAAAUUUGAUUAUACCAUACCACGAGGAGCUUCAAUAGGUGUCUAUGGCAGACGUAAUGCCUUGCCCACCCACACACAAUAUCAUUUUAAAGAAGUUUUAAGUGGCUUUAGUGCCAGCACCAGAUCUACAAGGGCCGCUCAUCAAUCGAUAACACGUGAAGUUACCCGUUAUAUGGAACCUGGCCAUUGGUUUGUUUCCCUUUACAACGAUGACGGUGAUGUACAGGAAAUAACCUUUUAUGCCACCAUAGCCGAAGAUAUGACACAAAAUUGUCCCAAUGGUUGUUCGGGCAAUGGCCAGUGUUUGCUGGGCCAUUGCCAAUGUAAUCCCGGUUUUGGUGGCGACGAUUGUAGCGAAAGUGUUUGUCCGGUUUUGUGUUCCCAGCAUGGUGAAUAUAUAAAUGGUGAAUGUAUUUGCAAUCCGGGCUGGAAGGGUAAAGAGUGUUCGUUGCGGCAUGAUGAGUGUGAGGUGGCCGAUUGUAAUGGCCAUGGUCAUUGUGUUAGUGGAAAAUGUCAAUGUAUGCGUGGUUAUAAGGGAAAAUUCUGUGAAGAAGUCGAUUGUCCCCAUCCCACCUGUUCGGGUCAUGGUUUCUGUGCCGAAGGUACUUGCAUUUGCAAAAAAGGCUGGAAAGGUCCCGAUUGUGCUACCAUGGAUCAAGAUGCUCUACAAUGUCUGCCCGACUGUUCGGGUCAUGGCACCUUUGAUUUGGACUCUCAGACCUGCAGCUGUGAAUCGAAAUGGAGUGGCGAUGAUUGUUCCAAGGAAUUGUGUGACUUAGAUUGUGGCCAGCAUGGUCGCUGUGUGGGUGAUGCCUGCACCUGUGACGAUGGCUGGGGUGGUGAAUACUGUAAUACGAAAUUGUGUGAUUCGCGUUGCAAUGAACAUGGCCAAUGCAAGAAUGGCACCUGUUUGUGUGUGACUGGAUGGAAUGGCAAACACUGUACCAUCGAGGGCUGUCCCAAUUCAUGUUCAGGCCAUGGCCAGUGUCGUGUUAGCGGUGAGGGUCAAUGGGAGUGCCGUUGUUAUGAGGGCUGGGAUGGUAAUGAUUGUGGUAUAGCUUUGGAAUUGAAUUGUGGUGAUAGCAAGGAUAAUGAUAAGGAUGGUUUGGUGGACUGUGAAGAUCCUGAAUGUUGUGCCAGUCAUGUAUGCAAGACUUCCCAGCUUUGUGUCUCCGCUCCCAAGCCCAUUGAUGUGUUAUUACGCAAACAGCCGCCUGCCAUUACAGCCUCUUUCUUUGAGCGCAUGAAAUUCUUGAUUGACGAAAGUAGUUUGCAAAAUUAUGCCAAAUUAGAAACCUUUAAUGAAAGCAUUUUUUGGAAUUAUUUCAAUGCAAGCCGUUCUGCUGUUAUACGCGGCCGUGUGGUCACCUCUUUGGGCAUGGGUUUGGUGGGGGUUCGUGUCUCCACUACCACUUUGCUGGAGGGCUUUACCUUGACCCGUGAUGAUGGCUGGUUUGAUUUAAUGGUUAAUGGUGGUGGUGCGGUUACUUUACAAUUUGGCCGUUCCCCCUUCCGGCCUCAGUCGAGAAUUGUACAGGUGCCCUGGAAUGAAGUGAUCAUUAUUGAUACCGUUGUUAUGUCCAUGUCGGAGGAGAAGAGCAUUGCCUCUACUACUCACACCUGUUUCUCGCAUGACUAUGAUCUUAUGAAGCCGGUGGUGUUGGCUUCCUGGAAACAUGGUUUCCAAGGUGCCUGUCCCGAUCGCAGCGCCAUCUUGGCCGAGUCUCAAGUUAUCCAGGAAUCUUUACAAAUACCCGGCACUGGCCUUAAUCUGGUCUAUCAUUCAUCCCGAGCUGCUGGCUAUCUGUCCACCAUUAAACUGCAAUUGACUCCGGAAUCUAUACCCGCCACUUUGCAUUUAAUACAUUUGCGUAUAACCAUAGAAGGCAUAUUGUUUGAGCGGCUCUUUGAGGCAGAUCCUGGCAUUAAAUUUACCUAUGCCUGGAAUAGGCUAAACAUCUAUCGCCAGAGAGUGUAUGGUGUUACCACGGCCGUGGUGAAAGUAGGCUAUCAAUAUACCGACUGCAAGGAUAUCAUUUGGGAUAUACAAACCACCAAACUAUCGGGCCAUGAUAUGUCUAUUUCCGAGGUGGGUGGCUGGAAUUUGGAUAUACAUCAUCGUUACAACUUCCAUGAGGGUAUAUUGCAAAAGGGUGAUGGUUCUAAUAUAUAUUUGAAGAAUAAGCCCCGUGUUAUUUUAACCACCAUGGGUGAUGGUCAUCAGCGUCCCUUGGAGUGCAUGGAUUGUGAGGGCAUGUCUUUGAAACAGCGUCUAUUGGCUCCGGUGGCUUUAGCCGCCUCCCCCGAUGGCAGUUUAUAUGUGGGUGAUUUCAAUUAUAUACGUCGCAUUAUGACUGAUGGCACGGUGCGCACCGUGGUUAAACUUAAUGCUACCCGAGUCAGCUAUCGCUAUCAUAUGGCGUUGAGUCCUUUGGACGGCACUCUGUAUAUCUCUGAUCCGGAAUCUCAUCAAAUUAUUAGAGUACGUGAUACUAAUGAUUUUUCACAGCCCGAAAAGAACUGGGAGCCUAUUGUGGGUUCAGGAGAACGUUGCCUGCCGGGUGAUGAGGCUCAUUGUGGUGAUGGUGCUUUGGCUAAAGAUGCCAAAUUGGCUUAUCCCAAGGGUAUAGCCAUUUCCAGCGAUAAUAUAUUAUACUUUGCUGAUGGCACCAACAUACGCAUGGUGGAUAGAGAUGGUAUUGUUAGCACUUUGAUUGGCAACCAUAUGCACAAGUCCCACUGGAAACCCAUACCUUGUGAGGGCACCCUGAAGCUGGAGGAAAUGCAUUUACGUUGGCCCACUGAAUUGGCGGUAAGUCCUUUGGACAAUACCCUACACAUCAUAGAUGAUCAUAUGAUUUUACGCAUGACUCCCGAUGGCCGUGUCAGAGUUAUUUCGGGACGUCCUUUACACUGUGCCACCUCAUCUUCGGUCUAUGAUUCGGAUUUGGCUACUCAUGCUACUUUGGUUAUGCCCCAGUCCAUAGCUUUUGGUCCUUUGGGUGAGCUGUAUGUGGCCGAAAGUGAUUCGCAGCGCAUAAAUCGUGUACGUGUUAUUGGCACUAAUGGUCGUAUUUCUGCCUUUGCCGGUGCCGAAUCUAAAUGUAAUUGUUUGGAAAGAGGCUGUGAUUGUUUUGAGGCCGAUCAUUAUCUGGCAACCAGUGCUAAAUUCAAUACCAUUGCCGCCUUGGCUGUUACUCCAGAUGGUCAUGUUCAUAUUGCCGAUCAAGCCAACUAUCGCAUACGUUCGGUUAUGUCCAGUAUUCCAGAAGCCAGCAUGUCCAGAGAAUAUGAAAUUUAUGCUCCCGAUAUGCAAGAGAUCUAUAUCUUUAAUCGUUUUGGCCAACAUGUUAUGACCAAGAACAUUUUAACGGGAGAAACCACCUAUGUGUUUACCUACAAUGUCAAUACCUCGAAUGGCAAAUUGAGCACGGUCACCGAUGCUGCUGGCAACAAGGUAUUCCUUUUGCGUGACUAUACCUCACAAGUCAACUCCAUAGAAAACACCAAGGGCCAGAAAUGCCGCCUUCGAAUGACCCGCAUGAAAAUGUUACACGAACUCAAUACACCCGACAAUUACAAUGUCACUUUCGAGUAUCAUGGUCCCACUGGCUUGCUGAAAACCAAACUAGACUCCACUGGACGUUCUUAUGUCUACAACUAUGAUGAAUUUGGCCGCCUGACUUCGGCUGUUACACCUACGGGCCGUGUUAUUGAUUUGGCAUUUGAUUUGAGCAUUAAGGGAGCCCAGGUUAAGGUAUCGGAGAAUUCGCAAAAAGAAAUCUCCAUGUUAAUACAGGGCUCCUCGGUGGUGGUGCGUAAUGGUGAAGCUGAGUCCAAGACCAUGGUUGAAAUGGAUGGUUCUACUACCAGUUUAACACCUUGGGGUCAUUUGCUGCAAAUGGAAGUGGUUCCCUAUCCUGUUUUGGCUGAAAUAUCACCCAUUAUUGGUGAAUCCUAUCCAGUGCCGGCCAAACAACGUACAGAAAUUGCUGGAGAUUUGGCUAAUCGUUUUGAAUGGCGCUACUUUGUGCGCCGACUGCAGCAGAGUAAACAAAAUAAGGGUCCUAGGUCGGUGACACAUGUGGGACGCAAGUUGCGAGUUAAUGGCGAUAAUGUUUUGACUUUGGAAUAUGAUCGUGAUACACAAUCCAUAGUGGUUACGGUAGAUGACAAACAGGAAUUGUUAAAUGUUACCUAUGAUCGCACCUCUCGCCCCGUUAGUUUCCGUCCUCAAUCUGGUGACUAUGCUGAUGUCGAUUUGGAAUAUGAUCGUUUUGGCCGUUUGGUCACCUGGAAAUGGGGUAAUCUACAAGAAGCUUAUACCUUUGAUCGCAAUGGCCGUUUGAAUGAAAUCAAAUAUGGUGAUGGCUCGUCCAUGGUUUAUGCCUUCAAGGAUAAUUAUGGCUCGCUGCCUUUGAAGGUUACCACUCCACGUAGAUCUGACUAUCUGUUGCAAUAUGAUGAUGCUGGUGCUCUGCAAAGUCUUACAACACCUCGAGGACACAUACACUCCUUCUCUUUGCAAACUUCCCUGGGCUUCUUUAAGUAUCAAUACUUCUCACCCAUUAACCGUCAUCCCUUCGAGAUCUUGUACAAUGAUGAAGGCCAGAUAUUGGCUAAAAUACAUCCCCAUCAAUCGGGCAAGGUAGCCUUUGUGCAUGACAAUUCGGGACGUUUGGAAACUAUAUUGGCCGGUUUGUCCAGUACUCAUUACACCUAUCAAGACACCACUAGUUUAGUGAAAUCCGUGGAAGUACAAGAGCCUGGCUUUGAGUUGAGAAGAGAGUUUAAGUAUCAUGCUGGUAUCUUGAAAGAUGAGAAAUUGCGUUUUGGUUCCAAGAACUCAUUAGCUUCGGCCCACUACAAGUAUGCCUAUGAUGGCAAUGCCCGUUUAACUGGUGUCGAGAUGUCCAUAGAUGACAAGGAAAUGCCUACAACACGCUAUAAGUUCAGCCAGAAUUUGGGUCAAUUGGAGGUGGUACAAGAUUUGAAAAUUACCCGCAAUGCUUUCAAUCGCACGGUAAUACAAGAUUCAUCCAAACAAUUCUUCACCAUCAUAGAUUAUGAUCAACAUGGCCGUGUUAAGAGUGUCUUGAUGAACAUUAAGAGUUUCGAUGUCUUCCGUUUGGAAUUGGACUAUGAUUUACGUAAUCGCAUCAAGUCUCAAAAGACUACGUUUGGUCGCUCCACUGCCUUUGAUAAGAUCAACUACAAUGCUGAUGGUCAUGUUAUUGAGGUACUGGGCACCAAUAACUGGAAGUAUUUGUAUGAUGAAAAUGGCAAUACUGUGGGUGUGGUGGAUCAAGGAGAAAAAAUCAAUUUAGGCUAUGAUAUUGGUGAUCGUGUCAGUCAGGUGGGUGAUAUAGAGUUUAAUAAUUAUGAUGCUCGUGGCUUUGUGGUGAGACGAGGUGAACAAAAGUAUCGUUAUAACAAUCGUGGUCAGUUGAUACAUGCCUUUGAGAGAGAACGCUUCCAGACUUGGUAUUACUAUGAUGAUCGCAGCCGUUUGGUAGCCUGGCAUGACAGCAAGGGUAAUGUUACCCAAUACUAUUAUGGCAAUCCCAGAUCACCCAUGCUUUUGACCCAUAUGCACUAUCCCAAGACGGGCAAAACUUUGAGAUUCUACUAUGAUGAUCGUGACAUGUUAAUGGCGGUGGAGACAGCUGAACAAAGAUUCUAUGUGGCCACCGAUCAAAAUGGCUCACCCUUGGCUUAUUUCGAUAUCAAUGGUGCCAUACUCAAGGAAAUGAAGAGAACACCUUUCGGACGCAUAAUCAAAGACACCAACCCAGAGUUCUUUAUACCCAUUGAUUUCCAUGGUGGUAUUUUGGAUCCUCAUACCAAGCUAGUGUAUACCGAAGGACGUUUGUAUGAUCCCACGGUGGGUCAAUGGAUGACGCCUUUGUGGGAGACUUUGGCUACCGAAAUGUCUCAUCCCACCGAUGUGUUCAUAUAUCGUUAUCACAACAAUGAUCCUGUCAAUCCCAGCAAACAACAAAACUACAUGAUUGAGCUAGAAGCUUGGUUGCAAUUGUUCGGUUAUGAUUUGAGCAACAUGCAAAGCUCCAAAUACACCAAAGCCCUGCAAUACAAUCCUCAGGCCUCCAUUAAAUCACAAACUCUGGCGCCCGAUUUUGGUGUCAUCUCCGGUUUGGAAUGCAUUGUGGAGAAAACUAAUGAGAAAUUCAGUGAUUUUGAUUUUGUGCCCAAACCUUUAUUGAAAAUGGAACCCAAAAUGCGCAAUCUUUUGCCCAGAGUAAGCUAUCGUAGAGCAGUGUUUGGUGAAGGCGUUUUACUGUCACGCAUAGGUGGCCGUGCCUUGGUUAGUGUGGUGGAUGGCAGCAAUAGUGUGGUGCAGGAUGUGGUAUCCUCGGUGUUCAAUAACUCCUACUUCUUAGAUCUACACUUUAGUAUACACGAUCAAGAUGUAUUCUACUUUGUCAAGGAUAAUGUUUUGAAGCUGAGAGAUGACAAUGAAGAAUUGAGAAGACUGGGCGGCAUGUUUAACAUAUCAACGCAUGAAAUCACCGAUCAUGGUGGUCCAGCCGCCAAAGAAUUGAGACUACAUGGACCCGAUGCUGUUGUCAUCAUUAAAUAUGGCGUAGAUCCCGAACAGGAAAGACAUCGCAUUUUAAAACAUGCCCACAAAAGAGCCGUCGAAAGAGCCUGGGAGUUGGAGAAACAAUUAGUGGCAGCCGGCUUUCAGGGCAGAGGCGACUGGACAGAAGAGGAGAAAGAAGAGCUGGUAUCACAUGGUGAUGUAGAUGGCUGGAUAGGUGUGGAUAUACAUAGUAUAUACAAAUAUCCACAACUGGCUGAUGAUCCCGGCAAUGUGGCCUUCCAAAGAGAUGCUAAACGUAAACGCAGAAAGAUUGGUAACAAUCAUCGUACGGGCAAAAGCCGUAGACAACAAAAACUCAAAGAUAUGUCAGCGUGAAAUCCAGCUACACAGGAUUUACAAGAAUACGACAACGAUAAACUACAGCAACAGCAACAACAACAAAAAUAUGAACUUUACGAAAUCUGGCAAGAAGCCGAAGACAUAGACGAAGAAGACGACACAGCCGAUGACGACGAAAGUAAUAACGAUAAAAAAGACUUGGUAAGCAACUCAACCGAAGAUGACUUGUAUUAUUAAAUAAGAAAACAAACACAACAUAAACAUUAAAUGAACAUAAAUAAGUCCCAAAAAAAAAAACUCAAACAUGAAAAUUAACAACUACUUAAUUAAGAAUGAAUGAAAGAAAUUUGAAAUUUUUUCCAAUUUUUUUUAAGGUUAUAACACACUCUAUGUUAAAUUUAAACUUCUGUUAACAGAAGUUUAAACAAAACACACUGUUAGCUUUACUUUGGCUAGGUAAACUCUAAUUUACAGUGUCUAGCAUAAUUUCACAAAAUUUCCUUUUAUUUUCUUAUAUAUAUUUUUACAGUUUUAAAAAAGAUUUUAAAACAAUUUGUUUUUAUCUUGUUUAAGGGAAAAAAAUUGUGUUUAUAACUUUAAAUUUAAACUAUAUUCUUUAAAUAUAGCAGGUAAUUGUAAAAAAAAAUAAAGAAAAUAAAUAAAUCACUAAGAUUUAUAUAGUUUUGUAUAAAAGAAAAGAAUCCCAAAAAAAAAAUUAACUCGAAUUAAAAGAAUCUCAAGUCUUUAUGAUAAAAUAAUAAACAACUUAUAAAUGUUUUUUAUGUAAACGAAUAUAAAACAAAAAGUAAAUAAAAUCAAUGUGAGAACUUAUUAAACAAAAAACACACAAAACGAGAUUAAGAAAUUAGCUAAAAACCUAAUAAUUGUAAUAAACAUAAACAAUAAUUAUUAAUAUUAUUAUUAUUAUAUUAAAAACCAACAACCAUAGUUAUAAUAAACUAGUAAUUUGAUUUUAGUUUGAAUGUUGAGAAAAAAAAAACCACAUAAAGCAAACAACAAGUAUUAAGAAAAAUUAGAUUUUGCCAUAUAUAACAAUAUAUUUUUCUUUCUUUUAAUUUCUUAUCAUUUGUCUUGUAAUUAAUUAUAAUGAUUUUUUUUAUAAAAAAGCUUUAAAUAUAUAUAAAAACGAAAAACAACACAUUUGUUUUUAUUCACAACAGCUUUAUUUAAAGAAAAACUGCAUUUGUUUUUUAAAGAAAUACUCAAAUAAAAACCUUUUUUAUAUGAUAAUUUUUUUUUGUAUUUGUUAUUUUAAAGCAUUUAUUUUUUUACUUUUUAUUAUUGUACUAAAAACUAGUUUUUCAAACUCCCACUUUUGUUUUGUUUUAUUAUAUCAAAUGAAAAUCAAGCAAAUUUUUACAAAUUGUGAUAUACUUCUAUAAAUUAAUGUCCCUUAUAAACAACAUAUAAAACAAAAGAAAACAUGCACACACUCAAUACAUAACAUAACACAAAACAUGAUUAUUUAUUAUUAAGUUUUUUUUUUAAUUAAUUAUUCAUUAUGUUUUUUAUAAAUAUAUUACAGUUUUUUGUGGUAAAGACACUAUUUGGGACGUAUUGCUAGGGUUAAUAAAGAAAAAUUGCAUUACUGCACUUUUAUAACUGUUAAUUAAUCAUUCAAAAUCGCUUAGUUGGCAUCAUUGUUUUACGUCAGAUGUCUUGUUUUUGCAAAUGACGGACGGUGCUGCCACUACAUAAUUUUAUUGUCAGAGGCAAAAAGUUGCAAAUCAUUAAAGCAUCAGUUUUCUUCAUUUAAGAACUCUUUGUUUCUAAUAAUGUGUUGGAAUUUUGGAUAUUAAGAUAGGGUAUUAAUUUCCUUGUCGCCACAAUGGGCUAGUUAAUGUUUUUUAUCAAAAUUUUAUCAUUUAGACUGGCAUAAUUCUUUUCUUUACUUCCAAAACUGUUGAAACCUACUUCGAUAUGAUUUCCAGCCUAUUUAAUGAUUCAAUUUUCACUCUAGAUUGAAUUGGACGUUUUGUAUGCAUCCUAAAUUAAGGUUGCUUGGUUAUCUCCUGAACUACAACUAUUUGCAAGUUCGCCUCUUAAAAAAAUCUGUCUAAUUUAGCAAUAGACUUUCCAAAUCACAUCAUAACAACAAUAUGGAAUCUUGUAAAGAACUAUUACACACAAAUAAUCCAAAAAAAAUGGCAAAUGCUAACAAAUACACUUUUCAUAGAUUGUAAAUGCACUUUUCUUUGCAAAUUUUGACAGAAUGUAAGACAAAAACAGCAAAAAUAUGGCAACAUCUUAACACAUACAUAGUUGUUCUUUCUUGAUUUUUCUAUUUUUUAGCACUUUUUCUAAUCGCCAUAUUGAAAAAGAGACUAAAAUAUGGCAACAUCUUAACUCAGAAUUAUUGUUCUAUACGCCAUAUUGAAAAAGAGAGUGAGCAUGGUUCAAAGUCAAAAACAACUAAAAUAUGGCAACAUCUUAACACAUAGUUGUUGUUCUAUGUUUAUUCUUUCUGUUUUCUUGCACGCCAUAUUGAAAAAGAGAGUUAGAGAGGUGUAUAGACAAAAACAACUAAAAUAUGGCAACAUCUAAACACAUAAUUGUUGUUGUUUGUUUAUUUUUUCUGUUUUGUUGCACCUUCUCUAUUCGCCAUAUUGAAAAAAAGAGUUAGAGAGGUGCAAAGACAAAAACAACUACAAUAUGGCAAAAUUUUAACUUAUAAUUGUUGUUCUUUGUUUAUUUUCCUGUUCUCUUGCACUUUCUCUAUUCGCCAUAUUGAAAAAGAGAGUUAGAGUAAGGCAAACUGAACAACUCUAUAUAUACUUACUAAAAUCCAACAGUAAGUAUUCAAUUGCUAUAAACUUUGUUCUUUGUUGUUGUUCUUUGUUUAUUUUUCUGUGUUCUUGCACUUUCUCUAUACGCCAUAUUGAAAAAGAGAGUGAGAGUGAUGCAAACAGAACUACUCUAAAUAUACUUACUAAAAACCCGACAUUAAGCUCCAAUCGCUCCAAAAAAGUGUAUCUAAAACCAUUUUACCAGUAUUGCCAGGAAAAACCAUAAUUUUUUUCCACAAAUAUGGCAAUAUUACAAAAAAAAACAGCUGUAAGAAUUAUGACUUGCAAUAUUAUUUUUAAAAAAUUUGUUUAAUUUAAUUUUUUUUUAUAUAUAUUAAACCUAAAAAACUAUUUUUUUUAAAAAUGCCAUAUUCAUUUAAUUAUAUAAUUUCUUUUUAUAAUAUAAAUAUUUAAUUUUUUUUUUUAACUAAAGAAACUGCUUAUUAAAAAUUUUGAGAAAUAAAUAAAAAUAAAUAAUGCUCGUGCGUUUCUCUAUAUAUAAAUAAAUAUAAUUAUAAAUUAUUGUUUACUAAUAUUUAGUGUUGACUACUUAAACUUAAACAUACAAAAACAAAACCGAAAAUAUUAAAUAAUUAAGGACGACCCUGUAUUAUAAACACUGUUAGCAAUGUAAGUCUUAGUAUAAAGAAUACAAAUAAAAAUAAAAAAACAAAUUGGCUUUUAAAAGCAUUUCAAAAAAAAACAAGAUUAAAUCAUUCAAAAAAAAAAAACCUAAAAUAGCCAAUGAAAAAAACAUGGUGGUUUAGCAAUUUUAUUAAAUAAAAUUAUUUAAUUUUUAAGGCAUAUAACAAGAAACAAAAAAAAAUAAGUAAAUAUUAAUUUAAGCAUAAAACCCUUAUAAACAAAAACAAAACAAAA